AUGCAACCGGCACCAGCGCCCACCUCUCCUCGCCGCCGCCCACGCGUCGACUCCUCCCCAGCGUCCACGAGCAAACGCCCCAAGCACACUGCCACCCCGAUGGCGACCACGCAGCCCGGCACGCGGCCUAUGAAAAUGGCCAAUCAGGGGCAUGAGCAGGCUUUCGAGCCUUACAAAGGCAUUAAACGGUUGACCAUCAAAAAUCUCAAACCGGCGAGCUCGGGGAAGGCCAAAGCUGGGGUGGAGGAGUACUACACAAGGGCACUUGGCGACAUUGACAAGACGCUGCAGGCGGUCUUUGUGGGCGAGAAGCCGCCAGUGCCCUACGAGAGGCUCUACCGGGAAGUCGAGGAUCUUUGUCGACGCGGCGAUGCGGAAGAGGUCACCAAGGUACUCAAGACGCGGAUGGACACGCACAUCAGCAAGAUGGUGCUACAAAGGGUCAACACCGAGGGCAGCAACUCUGAUCUCGAGACGGCCAAGAGUCUGGUGGAAGAGUGGAAGCAAUGGAACACGCAGAUGACGCUGAUCCGGUCCCUCUUCAGCUUUGUCGACCGCACCUAUUUACUGGCCAACAGACAGAAACUAUCGAGCAUCAACGACAUGACGAUCCACCAUUUUAGAAAAAUGGCGUUCGCAACGGAGACGUCGCCUGGUAGGCGGCUCGUCAAUGCCAUGUGUCAAAUCAUCGACGACGAUCGUCGGAGCAGGCAGUUUGAUGGUUCGUUGUUGCGAGACUCGAUGCGCAUGCUGUACAUCUUGGGUGUCUACACGAAACACUUUGAGCCGUUGUUCCUACAAAAGUCGAGCCCGUACUUCACCGAGUUCGGCCAACGAUACGGCACGGCGAAGCUCGAGGCGUACAUCAAGGCCUGCGAGGACUUGCUGCGCAAAGAGCACUACCGCUGCUUGCUGUACAACAUCGACUCGGUCACGGAGAAGCAGCUGAUGGACGCGGCACACACCAUACUGAUCGAUGACUUCACGGACAAGUUGCUCGACCGGGCAGAGUUGGACAAGCUUCUGGAUGCUAAGGACAUUGAGUCGAUGAAGGGGUUGUACGGCAUGCUGCGACUAUCAAACAUACAAACCAAGCUACGCGAUCCUUGGGAAGCGUACAUCGGGGACACUGGUGCAAAGAUUAUCGGCGACAAAGAACGCGGAGAUGAGAUGGUGGUCCGAUUGUUGGAUCUGCGUCGUUCGCUCGAGGUCAUGAUUCGAGAUGCAUUUGGCGCCGACGAUAUUUUCCUCAGGGGGAUGCGAGAAGCUUUUGGAAAGGUCAUGAACAGUAACACCGUGGCAGCAAUGUGGAGUACCAAGACCUCCAAGGUCGGCGAAAUGCUGGCCAAGCACAUUGAUAUGCUCCUCAAGGGUGGUCUCAAAGCAAUCCCUGCCUCUCUGCUGUCCGACCAGCAAGAUCGCGCCACGGCGCAGAAGGAGGGACAGUCCAGCACGGCGGACGAAGACGCCGAGCUGGACCGCCAGCUUGAUCAAGCUUUGGAGCUCUUUCGCUUCAUCGAGGGCAAGGACACAUUUGAGGCGUUCUACAAAAAGGACCUCGCCAGGCGGUUGCUCAUGGGCCGCAGCGCAAGCCAAGACGCUGAGCGUAGCAUGCUCACCAAGCUGCGCAGUGAGUGCGGCGCCAACUUUACGCACAAUCUGGAGCAGAUGUUCAAAGACCAGGAGCUGGCCAAGGACGAAAUGGACUCUUUCAAGAGCUACUGCAGCCACAACGAGGAGCGCCAGUCCCCGAUCGACCUAUCCGUCAUGGUGUUGUCCUCUGCCGCCUGGCCAUCUUAUCCGGAUGUCCAGCUCUCGCUGCCGGAUGAAGUCGCCACGCAAACAGAACGCUUCAUCAAAUUCUACGAAAACAAGCACAGUGGACGCAAGCUGAAUUGGAAGCAUUCCCUUGCCCAUUGCACAUUGGCUGCCAAAUUCCCCAAGGGCGGGAAAAAAGAAUUGAUGGUCUCGGCGUAUCAAGCUGUCAUCCUGCUGCUGUUCAACCCUGUCGCGGCCGACGGUGCUUUGACGUAUGAGCAGAUGCAAAAGGGUAGCGGUCUGUCCGGCUCAGACCUCGACCGGACACUGCAGUCCCUGGCGUGCGGCAAGGUUCGCGUGCUGAGGAAACACCCGCAGGGUCGGGAUGUCAACCCGACAGAUACAUUCACAUUCAACAAGGCAUUCACCGACCCGAGGAUCCGCAUCAAGAUCAACCAGAUCCAGCAAAAGGAGACCAAGGAGGAGAACAAGGCCACACACGAGCGCGUGGCACAGGACCGACGCUUCGAGACACAGGCGGCCAUUGUGCGCAUCAUGAAGAGCCGCAAGAAGAUGACACAUCCUGAGCUGCAGGCCGAGGUGAUCACCAUGACGCGGAAGCGAGGGAGUGUUGAGCCGGCGCAGAUCAAGAAGGAGAUUGAGAGCUUGAUGGAGAAGGAGUAUCUGGAACGAGACGGCAAUUCGUAUGUAUACGUAUCGUAG